AUGCGAGACUACACCUUCCAAGCACAUUUUUGCGGACCCAUCUACACACAUCGACACAAUUAUUGCCGCAAGACAGAGCAAGAGAUUGCCUUUGAGCUGAGGCAAAUUGGCACCUGGUUGACCCUCUCCAGUGUUUUCUGUCGGUGCAAUGGCAAUGCCGAAGUGGACUCCAUCAGUUACAGCCGUGGUGUGCGACCCACGGAUAGCGUUUUCCCAGGAAACCACUACCAGAUGACCUGUAAGCCAAAGCGAGAAUGCAGCCUGAAAGAGAGCUGUUAUGUGGAAACUCCGAAUAAUGACGGCCUACUCUACGGUGGUAAGGUAAUGUGCCACUGUCCCCCCAAACACUUCUGUCCAAUCUACUACAUCAGGGGGAAGCGGAUCCCUCAGCACGGCCACAAACAGCAGAUUGUGCAGUAUGGCCUGAAAUGCAAAAAACGAGCCUUCUAA